GCCCUCGAGAGUCUGUCUCCUUAGCUCAACGGCCACGACCUCGACAUUUUUCGUUUAUUCUUAACGACUCCCCUUUAUGACAUGCUAGUCCCCAUCAUCAACCUAGCAAAGCAGGUCUAUCCUGCUGUGGUCAAUGGCACUGUUGGGAAGCAGAAGAGUCCAGAGAAAGGCUUGCCUCCCGGUUCUUCCGAAUUUUGGUGGAAGAUAGGCAUCAGUUCUGUGUUUGUGUUACUAGGUGGUCUCUUUGCAGGUUUGACUCUCGGGCUUAUGGGCCUCGAUGAGCUCCAUCUCCGCGUCCUGUCCGCGUCUUCUGAUGACCCCAAGGAACGAGCAAAUGCUGCUAAAGUGCUACGUCUCCUGAAUAAGGGCCGCCACUGGGUGCUCGUGGUGCUUUUACUAGGCAACGUGAUCGUGAACGAAAGUUUACCGAUCUUCCUAGAUGAUGCUCUCGGCGGGGGUAUCCCUGCUAUCAUCAUGUCUACUGCCGCCAUUGUCGUCUUCGGAGGGAUUAUACCACAAGCCGUCAGUGUUCGUUAUGGUCUAUCUAUCGGCGCGACCUGUGUUCCAGUGGUCCUCGCGAUGAUGUAUAUAUUCGCGCCCGUUGCCUGGCCCAUUGCCAAACUCCUCGACUAUGUCUUGGGCAAGAGCGAAACCAAUACUUACAAGAAGGCUGAACUGAAAUCAUUCCUACAAUUCCACCGUCAAGGAGAAGAGCCUUUGAGGGACGACGAGAUUAGUAUUCUCAACGGUGUCCUCGAGCUGAGCAAGAAAAAUGUUGUGGAUCUUAUGACACCGAUGAAGGACGUUGUCACCAUAAGUGCCGAUACAGUCCUUGACCGUGAAACCGUGACUAGCAUCUUGGGCAGCGGCUAUUCUCGCAUCCCUGUCCACGCUACCGGACAUCCAGGUGUCUUUAUCGGCUUGCUGCUCGUUAAGAAACUGUCCAUCUAUGACCCGUCCCAGGCGCUUCCUGUGUCCAAGUUCCCGUUGUCUAUCCUCCCCGAGGCGGCGCCUACUAUCAACUGCUUCCAGGCGCUUGAUUAUUUCCAAACUGGUCGUGCGCAUCUGCUCCUGAUUAGCAACAGUCCCGGCAAAGAGGGCGGUGCACUCGGCGUGAUCACCCUGGAAGAUAUCAUCGAGGAGAUCAUCUCAGAAGAGAUCGUCGAUGAGACCGACCGGUACGAAGAUAACCAAAGCAAGAGGCGCGCCCGCCGGCUUAAGGACGCUAAAACAAUGCGAGGCAUCGUUGAAUACCACACAAGCCGCGCAGACUCUUUCAACGACGGCGAACGCACACCUUUGUUGCGGGCCCCGUUCACAAAUGAAGCUGCAGGAGCGCAACCAACGGAGCCCAUGUCCUUCCGCGAUGCCGUGAAUGCCAACAGCGCAAAUGCCAACGGGGUCAAUAAUAGUGCUCCCGCACGCACCGUCUACGGCUCGGUCGAUGUGAUUGUGCAGUCGCCACGUUCGCCGGCUCCGUAACGCGGCCCUAAGCUGCGUUUUCGGAAGAAAAAUUGGACUACCAAGGUUCACAGAUAUAUGAACAGCCCUGUCCUGAUUCGGAUGUUCGAUCGCAUUUAGGCAUAGAGAAGGGUUUGGUCUUAUUCGUACAUCCAACUACUGCUACUGUACUCGCAGAAGUCUUUUUCACGAAUUUCAACGAUCCUUUAAUCUUCCUCCUUACCUCUUUGUGAAAAAACUCAGUAUGUUGUAUACUACUUACUGUCG